AUGCUCGUCAACUCCCUUUUUGUCCUCGCCUCUGCGGCUUUGGCUGUGGCUACACCUCUCAAGAGCUUCGGUCCUGGUUCUAGCUGCAAGCCUGGAAAGCCUAUGCCUGUCCUUCCCGUCAACGGUGGUCCCACUGAACUUCCUUCUCCUCCUCAAGGUGUAGCUCUGAAGCACAUCGCCCUUGGCUUCGGUAUUCAGAACUACACCUGCGCUGACGCCGCUGCCACACCCGCAGCCCAGGGUGCUCUGGCUGUCCUCUACGAUGUCACUCACCUCUACCCGGGUCAAGGCCCUGCAUCUCUCCCUCAAGACAAGUGGGCUUCUCUCACAUCCAGCGUUCUCAACACGGGAAAGAUUCCUCUGAACCUCAACGGCAACGGCGUCGGAGCCUCUCUCACCAACCCCUUUCCCAAGAAGUCCUCCUUCAAGCUCGAAGUUGAAGGUCCACCCAAGAACUUGCCUUACCUUGGCCACCACUUCUUCAACGCUGCUGGUGUUCCUACUUUCGACCUCGACGCAGCCAGCCAGCUCCUCAUCUGCAAGAAGCUCGACGGAAUCAAGGCUCCUGCUUCCGCCCCUGCUGGACCUGAAGGAACUGGUGCUGUUGACUGGCUCUACCUUGGUGAUGCCGGUGGCAGCAUUGGAGUCUCAUACGUCUACCGCGUCCUGACUGCCGGCGGUGCUUCCCACGGCUGCAAGGCAAAGGGCACGGACAGCACCUCUUACACAACCCUCUACUGGUUCUACGGUUAA